UGUAUGAGACAGCUCAGAGGAGGGAGAGGUCCACUCUGAGCGGAGCAGCAGCAGUUUUGUGAGGCAGCCUGCGACAGGAUUUUCCAAGGAUUUCCAUCACAUUACAUCUUUGGGUAGUGGGACAACACAUUCGGAUGCUUCUGGAUUGCGUCAGGAGUCAGCUGACUGGGGGGAAAAGGGGAGGAAAGAGUAAGAGAUGAGGUGGUAUAGAGGAGGAGGGUGCAGGAGCUAUUGAAGCAGAAGGAAGGGGGCUGGGCCUCUCUGACAGUGCUCAUGUAGCCAAUAAGGACUUUGGCAAUGUGUGGACUUUACUCUCAGGGCGCAGCGUGCAGGCAGUUUAUCUCCGGCUGUUUGUUAGAGGACACUAACCGCACGGUGAGCUUGUUGUGAGCCGGUCACCAGCACGGGAGCCGACAUGCAGAAUGUACCAGAGGAGUGGAGGGAAGGAGAGGAGAGGAUGGGGGAGAUGGUAGUGAAGAGGAAAGUGGACUCAGAGGGGAAGAAGAAUGAAGGGCAAGGAGGUGGAGAGGGGGAGAAGGAGUCGCUGAUGAUGGAGCUGACCAAGCUCGUGCAGAAGGUUGUGAAAGAGAGCAGCUGGUGGGAGAGGAUAGGGAUCGAUUGCAGCAUCCUGGCAGCAGCAUUCCUCUGUCUGGCCCCGGCCUUCCUGCUGCUGGGCUCCUCUCAGGUUCUGUACUUUUCGGCGGGCAUGCUGCUGAUGGGCAUGGCUCAUGCUGUCAUCACCUUCAAAGGCACACAUCUGGCCAGCCACGGGUCCCUGAGCGAGUCACAGGCCUGGGCGAAGGUCUGGGCUGUCUUCUUUAUCGAGAUCUGUGGCUCAUUCUCAGCGCAAGCCGGCAUUCAAGGCCACAUUAAGAUGCAUCAUGCUCAUACUAAUGUCAUUGGACUGGGGGACUCCAGCGUGUGGAAGGCCCCCUUCCUGCCUCGCACUGUCUACCUGUUCAUAGCACCCCUGGCCGUGCCUAUCAUCACUCCACUUGUUGCACUCGCUCACCUCAGAGGAAACUCUGUGGCUGUCAUGGUCCGGACCGUCCUGAUGGUAACACUGGGCCUGUAUUCCCAGUACUGGCUGCUGAUACACGUCUCCGGAUUCCUGUCGCCUCUCAGCGCUUUGCUUUGUAUGCUUGUGUGCAGAGCAAUGUUCUCUGUGACCUAUAUCCAUGUCAACAUUUUCCAGCACAUUGGCCUCCACAUGUUCUCUGCGACCAGCCGACCCAAGAGGAUCUACCAGAUGACCCACGGGGUCUUGAACCUGCCGCGUAACCCUUUGCUGGACUGGAUGUUCGGACACUCGCUUAUCAACUGCCACGUGGAGCACCAUCUCUUCCCCUUCCUCUCUGAUAACAUGUGUCUAAAGGUGAAGCCGGUUGUUUCCAAGUAUCUGACGGAAAAUAAGCUCCCGUACCAGGAGGACAGCUACUUCUCCCGCCUCCGUCUUUUCUUCAGCAAAUACCAGGAACUGAUGGUGUUUGCCCCGCCGAUCACAGAGCUGGUGGGGGUGCAGUGAAGGAGACAAACUGCCCAGACUAAAGACUGCUGCUGCUGCUGCUCCAAAGCACAAGCCCUAGUGUUAAAGUGUUACCUACUGUCCAGGUUUUAAGUCUCUAACAUGCAGAAUAUAGGUUUUAAUCAAUAGCACACAUGUAGUUUGAUAUUAGGAGCUACAUCCAUCAUGUAAAAAGAAAAUAUCAUUAUGUGAACUGAAUGAAUGUUCUGCACUUUUAGCGGUAAUUUAAUGAAUAGCACAAAGAUAAGCACUCAACCAAAAGUUGACCUGAUUAUGUAUAAGACAAUGUAGAUAUGGUUUCAAAUCGCCUCCUUUAACUCUAAAUGUAAUCACAUUCUAGCAUCGUCAGGAGAUUUAGAGGAUCAUAUUUUAGGAUCUAAGGGAGAUAGAGUUAUUUUAGCACAAAUAACAUAACAAUGAAUAAAGCACAAUUGUAGUAUAAUAGAAACAGCAGUACAAUACAUAUGUUUUUACUGUUUCAUUUGCUGUUUCCUCAGCUCAAUACACAUGCACACAGAGAUGCUUCAGUGUGUUUCUAAUAAUACAUUUUAAAUUAAUUUUCAUGAACUACACAUUGUUUCAUUGCCUUCAUUGCCUUUUUUUUCAAAUAAAAAAACAAUUGUGGAA